GAAGAGAUACUUUAGGCUCAUGCAAUAGAGAAAGCCUUGAGCCUAGUUUUGAAAGAUGAGGUUGAAAUCUUGCAAAAUCCCGAGGCUUUCAGACUGAGAAACGUUUUCCUCUUUGAUUGAUAAUCUCCAUCAUGAUUCAUAGCCUUUUCUUGAUCAACUCCUCUGGGGAUAUUUUCCUGGAGAAACAUUGGAAAAGUGUGGUCAGCCGGUCUGUUUGUGAUUAUUUUUUUGAAGCGCAAGAGAGAGCUACUGAGGCAGAAAAUGUACCUCCAGUUAUCCCUACCCCUCACCACUAUCUCUUAAGUGUUUACCGCCACAAGAUCUUCUUUGUGGCUGUGAUCCAGACAGAGGUCCCACCUCUGUUUGUCAUUGAGUUCCUUCAUCGAGUUGUGGACACAUUUCAGGAUUAUUUUGGAGUCUGUUCAGAGCCAGUGAUCAAAGACAAUGUUGUUGUGGUUUAUGAGGUGUUGGAAGAGAUGCUUGAUAAUGGGUUUCCACUGGCUACAGAGUCAAACAUCCUUAAAGAACUGAUAAAGCCUCCCACUAUCCUUCGGACAGUUGUGAACACCAUCACAGGAAGCACCAAUGUGGGUGACCAACUUCCCACUGGGCAGCUGUCAGUGGUGCCUUGGCGACGGACUGGGGUGAAAUAUACCAACAAUGAGGCAUAUUUUGAUGUGAUUGAAGAAAUUGAUGCCAUCAUUGAUAAAUCAGGUUCCACGAUUACUGCUGAGAUCCAGGGAGUGAUUGAUGCAUGCGUCAAGCUGACUGGAAUGCCAGACCUUACACUUUCCUUCAUGAACCCCAGGUUGUUGGAUGAUGUCAGCUUCCAUCCCUGUGUUCGUUUCAAGCGCUGGGAAUCUGAACGUAUCCUCUCUUUCAUCCCUCCUGAUGGAAACUUUCGCCUGCUCUCUUACCAUGUCAGUGCACAGAAUCUGGUUGCAAUUCCAGUGUAUGUCAAACAUAGUAUCAAUUUCCGGGACAGUAGUUCACUUGGACGCUUUGAAAUAACAGUGGGACCCAAGCAGACUAUGGGAAAGGCCAUAGAGGGAGUGAUCGUCACCAGCCAGAUGCCGAAAGGGGUCCUGAAUAUGAGCCUCACUCCAUCUCAGGGGAUGCACACAUUUGACCCAGUUACAAAGAUGCUGUCUUGGGAUGUAGGGAAAAUCAAUCCCCAAAAGCUACCAAGUUUGAAGGGGACCAUGAGUCUUCAGGCUGGAGCUUCCAAGCCAGAUGAGAACCCCACAAUUAACCUGCAGUUUAAGAUCCAGCAACUGGCCAUUUCUGGACUCAAAGUGAAUCGUCUGGAUAUGUAUGGAGAAAAGUACAAACCCUUCAAGGGCAUAAAAUACAUGACCAAAGCUGGAAAAUUCCAAGUUCGAACCUGAAGGGAGAGCUUUCCAGAGGAACAGUCACAAACACUUUCUCAUUUCUUACUUGUCUAAAAGUGAAAAUGUCAGCCUGUCUCCUAGGUCAGUCCCCUCCUGGAUCCACCUGCUCCCUAUUUUCCUUAGCCUUCAGUGCCAUGGAACCAAUCAAGGGGAAAAAGAGUCACCAGGGAGAACUAGACAGAACUGAAAUACGAUCAACACCAACUCGGUUUUCAAAGAAGAGAUGUACGACAGAGGACAGAGAUACUUGACGCCAUAUUGAACUGUUUUUUGACACGGUAACCAUAGAGAAUGACUAGCAUUUGUUGCUUGCUUGGCUUUAAUUAUCUAAAGCCAAUGAAAGACUUCUUAGUUCUUUUAUUUUUUAAAGGUGGAAAGAAAGAUUACUUGGAAGAAAGAUGAAUGUUAGUCAAAAGAGGACCAAUUAAAGAUAUGAGGGAGAAGAAGGAGGAAAACAGUAUUAAAGAAAUAGAGAGAAAUUACAGUGAAAGAUUGGCAAGAAGAGUGAUGAAGCUCCACAUUUUAGGAGGAUUGGAAGGAAAAGAGUUGAGUGGGUUUCUUUCUGAUCCCUCUACUCUCAUCUAUAAAAAACAUUUGUACUUCGAGAAGUGAACUGGAGACCUCUUAAAUUCAAAUCCACUAUUGACAUGGAAAAGCCUAGUAGAAUCAAAUUUAGCCUUGAAGACAGUGUCUGACAGGCUUUCAGAUACUAUAUAUUGCUUCC